AUGAAGUUGCUCGGAAUCAUUCCCUAUCCUUGGCAGCAAGUGCGUGAAUUGCCGGUUCUUUACCGCAUAACUGGCACCAUUACUUUCAUGAACGAGAUUCCGCGUGUGAUAGAACCAGUCUAUCAUGCCCAGUGGAGUAGUAUGCGGCGUGCUGUGCAUAGGGAGAAUCGCGACCGGAGACUUUUCCAACACAUGCGUUUUCCACCUUUUGAUGACGAAGAGCCUCCCCUUGACUAUAGCGACAACACGUUGGAUGUGGAACCAUUGGAGGCUAUUCAACUGGAGCUUGACAAAGAGGAGGACGCAGCAACCUCCUAG